AUGAGUCAUUCGGAUAAUAAUGUAAGUGCUAAUGUUAAUCAUGCUGAGAAUAAUGAAAUCGAGAUAGAUGAUCAUGCGCCAUUAUGGAAGUAUGUUAAAAGGCUUGACAAGUUAGGAAAAGGAGGAGGAAAUACUAUGUUUGAAUGCAAUUAUUGUCAUAAUACUUACAAAGGCUCCUACUCUAGAGUCAAGUUUCAUUUGUUGAAAAUGUCGGGCAACGGGAUUGCACCUUGCAAAAAGGUUACUGAUGAAGUUUUUGCAGAAAUGAAAAAACUUAUGAGAGAAUGUGAACACCAGUUGAAAAGUGCAGCUCCAAGACAAGUGUCUUUGCCUAAUACUGAUUCUUUAAUUUGUUCUUCUAUGUCUAAUGUUGAGCAAAAGAAGAGAAAGGGAAUGAAUGGGCCCCUUGAUAGAGCUUUUCAAAAUGAGGCUAGAGAACAAUGUGAUGCUGAAGUUGCAAGGAUGUUUUAUACAGGUGGAUUGUCCUUCCACCUGGCAAGGAAUCCACAUUAUCGAAACUCCUAUUUUCGUGCUUCUACGCUUCCAGGAUAUGUUCCACCAAGUUACAAUGCACUAAGAACUACUCUUUUGCAACAAGAGAAGAGGCACAUUGAGCGAUGUUUACAACCAAUCAAGAGUACAUGGAGCACUAAAGGUGUAAGUGUGUGUAGUGAUGGGUGGACAGAUUCACAAAGAAGACCACUUAUUAACAUUAUGGCAACUUGUGAGAGCGGGCCUAUGUUCUUGAAGGGAAUUAAUUGUGAUGGAGAGUACAAGGACAAACAUUGUAUUGCCAACUUUCUUAUCGAUGCCAUUAAGGAAAUUGGUUAUCAAAAUGUGGUUCAAGUAAUCACUGACAAUGCACCAGUUUGUAGAGCUGCUGGAUUACUUGUUGAGGCUAGAUAUCCCAAUAUCUUUUGGACACCAUGUGUGGUUCACACUCUUAAUCUUGCUUUGAAGAGCAUAUGUUCACCAAAACAAAAUGACGAUUGGUAUGAUAAAUGUAGUUGGAUUUCAGAGAUUGCUGCUGAUGUUGGGUUCAUAAAAAUUUUUAUUGUGAACCAUAAUAUGAGAUUGACUAUGUAUAAGGACCACUGCAAAUUGAAGCUGCUCUCCAUUGCUGAAACAAGGUUUGCAUCUACACUUGUGAUGAUUAGAAGAUUUAAGGAAGUAAAGGAAGGUCUAGAACAAAUGGUGAUUAGUCCAAACUGGUCUUUAUAUAAAGAGGAUGAUGUUGGCAAAGCAAGAGCAGUGAAGGAAAAGAUAUUGGAUGAAUACUUUUGGGAUGAGAUUGAUUAUAUCCUUUCCUUUACAGCUUCUAUAUAUGAGAUGAUUAGGAUGACUGACACAGAUAAACCUUCUCUUCAUUUGGUUUAUGAGUGGUGGGAUACCAUGAUAGAAAAGGUGAAGGCAGCUAUCUAUAGGAAAGAGCACAAGCAACUGCAUGAACAAAGCGACUUUUUUGAUGUGGUGUAUCAAAUUAUACUGGAGCGAUGGACUAAGAGUAGCACACCACUCCAUUGUUUGGCACAUUCUUUAAAUCCUAAGUUUUAUAGUCCAGAAUGGCUGCAAGAGGAUCCUAGUCGUGUUGCUCCACACCAAGAUGCCGAGAUUACAAGGGAAAGAAAAAAAUGUCUUGAGAAAUACUUUUCAGAUGACCGGGCUAGAAGAGAUAUCAAUGUGGAGUAUGCCUCUUUUUCAAUGUGCUUAGAUGACUUUGGAGCUAUUGAUGCUAUGAAUGAUAGGUUUCACAUGGAACCAAUGGUGUGGUGGAUUGUUCAUGGAUCUUCAACACCAAAUCUCCAAUCCAUAGCUUUGAAGCUACUUGGACAACCUUGUUCCUCCUCCUGUUGUGAAAGAAAUUGGAGUACAUAUAGUUUCAUUCACUCUUUAAGAAGAAAUAAGUUAACACCCCAAAGAGCUGAAGACUUGGUAUUUGUGCAUAAUAAUCUUCGUCUUUUAUCAAGGAAGAGCCCAAGCUACAAAGAAGGUGUUACUCAAAUGUGGGAUAUUGGAGGAGAUGGAUUUGAUAACUUGGGUGAAGAAGGUGUUGGGAUGCUUGAAAUUGCUAACCUUUCUCUAGAUGAACCAUCAUUGGAGGUUGCUUUAUUUACCGGAGAAGACAUUACAAAUAUUGUAGUUGAUUGA